UAACUACCCUCACUGGAAAUCCGUUCCGUCAUCACAGCGACGUGCAACGAAAAGAUAGCAAACAUGUCAGACAAGAAACAGACUGUGGAUUUGGGAUUAUUAGAGGAGGACGAUGAGUUUGAAGAAUUCCCAGCCGAGGAUUGGACGGGUCUGGAUGAGGAUGAAGAUGCCCACGUGUGGGAAGACAACUGGGAUGAUGACAACGUAGAGGACGACUUCUCUAAUCAACUCCGAGCGGAGCUGGAGAAACAUGGUUCCAAGAUGGAGACGUCGUAGUAGCUGCCUAGUGGACACAGCUGCUGGGAUUAGAUAUGGAUGGACUUUGAUGUUCUGAAUGUUAUAACUUCACACUUACGAUGGAGGAUGUUUAACUAAACUCGGCCCUUUUUUUUCCAAAAAACCUUGACAUGAGUAAAGUGUUUGAAAAUGUCCCCCUUUGGAUGUUUUCAUUGUUCUACUGAUCUGCAUGGAUUCAGAUAAUGUAAGAGUUAUGUAAACAUUAAAGGUGGUUCAGUUCACAUA